UAACAUGAAAACGUAAAUUAACCUGUCCGAAACAGCCCACCUUUACCUCGUUUUAUUGUCAUCAUGCAAUUAUUAUUUUGAAAAAAAAAAAAAGGAAACGGAGCACCAGGAAAACAACAGGAAACCCAACUCAAGAAAUUUGAAAUCCGAUUUCGCUUCAGACUUUUAGUUUCAGUUUCAGAAGAGGAGGCUGAAAAUGGAUGACCCAGAAGCCACAACCCUUCACUUUUCUCUCUCUAAAGAAGAUGCCUCGGAUUCUAUUUCUUAUCCCACAAUUAAUAAACAGAGGAAGUCUUCUGAGAGCAAGCUGAAGCUGAGCCAGAUUUGUGAUAUGUCUCCGGAUCCAGAUUUCAGGACUGAAUUAGUAGUAUAUGAUAGUUCAAAGGAGUCUAGAAGCAGUAGACGGAAGAGAGCUAUGAUUGAUGAUCUCUAUGAUCAUUGCAAAGUUCAUUCACCUGUAAUAGAACAAGCAGAAGAGCUUCGAGCCAACCUAGAAGCUAGCUUCCCAAGCUUUUGGAAAGCAAUGGUUAAGUCAAAUGUUACUCAUGGCUUUUGGCUGCAUCUUCCUAUGCGAUUCUGCAAACUGCAUAUGCCAAAGACUGAUACAGUAUUUACUUUGGAAAAUGAAAGUGGAGGCGAAUAUAAAGUCAACUAUAUUUCACAAAGGACAGCAUUGAGCGGUGGUUGGAAGGCAUUUUGUGAUUCAAAUGGAUUAAAUGAGUCUGAUGUUCUAGUUUUUCAUUUAAUUGCACCUUUAAGGUUUAAGGUGUUCAUAGUGAGAGCUAAUGGAAUUUCGAAUGUGACUGCUGAAGCAAAACCGAUAAAUUCGGUUCCCUUGGAUAUUGACUCUGAAGCAAAAAUAAAUGAUCAAACAGAGAAGGAAAAGAAAUCCAAGAAAAGGGCGAAACAGUUGAAAUCUCCAGGUUUUAUACAACAUGAUAUUCAAAAUAGCACCCUGAUGGUAUUAGAGACCACUAAUGGGCACGUUAUAGAUCAGUUUGAGAAUGGAAGGGUGGAUCUGGGCCCUAUCACUUCAGAAGGGCUUCAGUCUUCAGAAUCCCCCUGUAAUUUUAAAGAAGUGAAGAGCGUUGACAAUUUCACCAUACUUGUGAAUGAUUUGGCCAUUGACUCUGAGCUCUCUGAUCACCACAGGACUAAAUACUAUGAGCUCUGCAGCUCUCAGAAUUCCUUUUUGCAUAAUCAUCUUCUUAAGAGCAUUAACUGUAAAUUGGCUGCUGAAAUAAUUACCCAGACUGUUAACAUUGCAGAGGCCGUUAGAGCUUGUAACCUUUCCACAUCUCGAGCUGAUUAUGAGGUUUGGGAUAAAACCUUAAAGGGGUUUGAGCUAUUAGGUAUGAAUGUUUCAUUCCUACGUGCCCGGUUGAACCGGUUGAUGAGCUUCACAUUGGAAUCAGAAGAGUCUAUGGAAUUAAAGAGGCUGAAAGAAGUAACUGUAGAGAAAUCCUGUGCAGAAGAGGAGAUGAGAGCUCUUGAAUUGAAGCUUUUGACAUUGAAAGAGACCAUGGGAAGACUUGAUUAUAAAGUAGAGUCUUUGAAAGCAAAAGCUGAGACGCAUGCGCUUAAAUUUCAGGAGGAAGUUAAUGCUCCAUGGUGAUUAUAUACAUUCCAUAUUAAGAAUUAAUAGGUAAUGAGAAAUAUUACUCAUAAUAAUAGUGCUGUUGCUGUUUGCUUUUACACUUUUUAUGAGUGUAGGGAGGCAGCUAGGAUUUCAGAGUGAGAGCUCAUUAGUUUGUAGUAACUUUGCAGAUCAAAAUUCUGUGAAAAUGCUGCAAUUUGCAUAGGUUUAUUAGAGUCAGCCAUGAGAGAGCUCAAAAAAUAAUGUAAUAUUUGAAGCUGAUAAUGUUGUAGUAGUAGUCUGUAUUCUCCUUUCUCUAA